AUGAAUGAUGCAGAGGACAGAGGCGCAGGGCCCAGAAAGGAGCCCACCAGGGAGGAGGUGCUGACCUCCGGCAGCCCUGAGGUGAUCCCAACAGAGGAGGUGGCCUCUCAUACCCCCAGGCCCACCCAGGAUAUAGGCGUCUCCAGCACCCCAGAACAUGAUCUGAGCCCAGGGAGCAUGUCGAGUGUCCCAGUCAGGAAGUGGUACCAAAUUGACUUCAACCCCGCUGCUUUCUGCAAGAGGGUUUUCCAAUCCGUGUACUCAGAUCCUGCAACACGAUCUGACUCGAGUGCACAGGAAACAAAUAGGAGUGACAGAAGGGACGAGAUACCUGAAAUCAAAAGCGAGGUUUUCAGCAACACCAUGGAGGAAUCUGUCAUCACUGGCCCGCCCUCCAUUCAUAAGCCUAUAGAGGACCAGAGGGUGGAGAGAGGAGAUGCAGCUGCCUUUGUUGCGCACAUCACAGGGUUCCCUGCUCCCGAGGUCUCCUGGUGCAAGGAUGGGAAGCCGUUGUCAGCCAGCAAGCGUGUGAAGCUGACAGAGAACAGCCCGCACUUCUCCCUCACUCUCGUCAACACCGGGAGCGCAGACAGUGGCAUGUACACCUGUACUGCCAGGAACGCGGACGGAGAGGCCUCCUGCAGCGCCGUGCUCACAGUAGAGAGAGGCUUUGGGGAGUGGGCGGUGUACAGUACGGUGAUGAAGAGGCAGAGGAGGAGCCUGCAGUCACUAUAUGAGAUCCAUGAGGAAAUAGGGAGGGGCUCAUUUGGGAUUGUGAAGUGCGUGACGAGUCGAGAGAGCGGCGAGAGUCACGCAGCAAAGUUCCUUCCCCUGAAGAAAGGCAGCCGGAGAAGGGCAUUUGAAGAGAGGGACCUGCUCGCCCGAAUCACCCACCCCAGAGUGGCAGGUUUGCUGGACAGCUUCCGUUCCCAGCAGACUCUGGUGCUGCUCACCGAGCUCUGCUCCAGCCACGGCCUACUCGACCAUUUAUUAUCCAAGGUCACUGUAAAAGAGAGAGAGAUGGGGAUGUACAUUCAGCAAGUCUCAGAGGGCAUUGAGUAUAUUCACAGGCUGCACAUUCUCCAUCUGGAUAUUAAUCCUACUAAUAUCCUCAUGACACUGGAGAAAGAGGAAGUGAAGAUCUGUGAUUUUGGAUUCUCCCAGAAGAUAGACCCUUCAAGAUACCAGUACAGUAAAUUUGGUACUCCAGAGUUUGUGGCUCCUGAAAUUGUGUGCCAGGCUCCAGUUACAAAGGCAACAGAUAUCUGGUCUCUUGGUGUUUUGUCAUAUCUAUGUCUGACCUGCCACUGCCCGUUCUCUGGAGAGAGUGACCGUGCUACCCUUUUGAGUGUGCGUGAUGGAAACGUGUCCUGGGACUCCCCUGAUGUCACAUCCAGGAGUCGCCCAGCCCAGGACUUCCUGCACAGACUGUUACAGCCAGAGCCGAAUUUGCGACCAACUGCUGCUGAAUGCUUGAGGCAUGAAUGGCUUCGGGGGACACAGGCAGAUCAGGAAUCUGCUGAUAUCAGUACAAAGAACUUGACAUUUUUUAUUUCAAGAAGCAAACAACAGCGAUCUCAAAUCUGUUAUGGUUCAGCAAUGAAGCUGCAAACAAUUGCAGACCUGCUGGCAGCCCCACCCCAAGACACCUCACUGGCUGGCCCCUCAACCAAACAGAGCCAGGAAAGCUCCUCCAUCAGCAGUGGCUCCUCCUCCGAAUAUGAUGAGGUAGAUGAGUGGGCCACCCCCCUGUUCAUCUUGAAUGAGGGCAGAGAGAAUAGGCAUUUGGAAGCUGAGGACCAGGACCCAGAGCCACCUGAUGGAAUAAUUGCUUUAGAGAUACCCAGUAAGGAAAGACAGACUAAAGUGGAGGCGACAUGGAGGGAGGACACAUCAGAGCAGGACAGCCAGAGGGGGGCGCUCACAGCAGAGUGGCCCAUUGGUCAGCUAACACGAGGGGAUAGCACCUCAUCGCAGGGCACAGAGGAUGAGGGCUCCACUGGGGGGCGUGUCCCCAGAGAGAGUCUGAUCAAGAGCACCUUCUAUAGUAGCUCUGAGGAGCUGUCUCCUCUGUCCGCCCGCCGGAUCUUGCUACGUCAGAAGAAACGUACGAAGAGAAUGGAGCGCAGCCGGGUGUGCCUCAGGUCCGGUUUCUCCAGCAGACUUGGUGAGCCCCUUCUGGAGCACAUGGAGGACAGUGCAGAGGAGGACGAAGGCGGGAGCCAGAGAAGGGGUUCAUCCCAAUCUUCUGUGCCAUUAACCAAGUCCUGCUCCUUUGACAGUGGCCCCAUUGCCUGUUCUAAUGCACAAAGGCAGCGGAGGAGCAGGUCCCUGGAUGAGUAUUCAAGAAGGGCCACAUCCACAUCUGAGCUGAGAGAGUUGGGGGAAGAUGAGGAUGAAAAUGAUGCCUUUAGCUCUCAGGAGGUUCUGGGACAGGACAAAAAAGACAAAGUCCCAGAUGCCUUUUCUGAGAGCAUGGCACAGUCAGCUGAUACUGUUAUGGAAACCCAGGAGGUGCUAAAAGUCCCAUACUUUGAAAAAGCCAAAGACUAUUCUUCUGAGUUUACUACUGAUGAGGUUGCUGAGGUGCCUCAGCCCACAUCAGAUGACAGUAUUGAAGCUGCUGUGUCAGAGUGCAUUGCAAGUGAUUCUCUUUGCCUUUCAGAAGACAUUAAAGGAAUUACUUCAUCUGCAUGUCCUGCAGAGAGGGUUGAUGGUUCUGUAAAUACUGAAUUGUGGAAAGACACAAAAGACCACUCAGUUUUGAGACCCAUAUUUGUGGAUUCUACAAUGCCAGUUUCUGUUGUGCAGGACGUCUCUGAGUCGCUGGCUUCAAACUACACCAUAAGCUUGCUUGAGAGACCUAGAAGCAUGGAUCUGUCCUUCGAGGCUAUAGUGACAUUAGAUUUGGAGAAUAGAGCUCACUUUCCAAAGAUUCACAGAGUGAGAUCAGAUGAAGUCAUAAGUAAACCAAGUGAUUUGGCUUUGCUUGUUCCAGAGCUAGUAGAAAGGGCCCAUAGUGCAGUAUGUGGCAUGUCUGCUUUGGAGGAUGCCUGUGGUUUUAAAUCACCCUCUUCCAAGAAGCGGGACACAGUGGAAAUCCCUGCUGAAAUUUCAAUCAAACGGGCAGAUUCCUUCCAAGAGCUCUUCCUUUGUGCCCCUCAAGAUGAGGAGCUUUGUGACUCUGUUGCAAAAGUCCAGUGUUUUGUCCCAGAACCUGAGGGCAAACCUUCAUGUUCAGAAGAUGAUUAUGAGAUGGUGGACCCAGCAGAAGAGGUUUAUCCAGGCCUUCUUGAAGACAAGGAAUCAUAUGGUUAUGUUUUUAGCUCUGCCACAAAUUUACAUGACCGAGAUAUAAAAGAGGUGUGUGGUGGGGCAGAAGCCCACCCUGGCAUCAUGACGUUCUCUGAUGAAACAUUUGAGGUCCUUGAAGGAACCAUGCUUGAGAGUUCCUCUGGAAAAGCAUCACCCUACAUGCACCCGGAGAGCUGUGAGGACAACGAAUCUGAUCUGGAGCUCAAGAACCUUCUGGAGGAGAUACACACAUAUGACGACCACGGCCAGAUGACGACAACUGAAAACUCUGGAUGGUCUGAUAGCAGAAUCCCAGUGGAGGAAGGUGAGUUCCUAGCUAGAUCUGGUUCAUUAAAAGUCCUUCACAGAGGCAGCAUAGACAUUGAGGCAGAGCUCCAGAGAUACCCUUCGACACCAUCACUUGAGACUAAAACCCUCCCUGGAAAAUCUGGAAGAAUUAUGGGAUUUUUCCGUCAACAUUCAUGGACAAGCCAGUCAUCCUCACCAGUAGAGAGGGUUGCAAAAAGGCAGGCCUCUGAAGGGGAUUCCAGUGAUUCCCUGCAGCAGCAACAAGAGCAGCUAAAGAAUCCAGACCUGUCCAUCACCAAGAGGGUGAGAGCAUCCGUUUCCUGCUUCUCCAAGUCUCUGUUGGGCAGGCAGACCAGUAAAGAGGACAAGAAAGACAGUGAGCCUGUCCAAGCCAUGGGUGUUGGGAUGAAGAGUUCCCCGCCUUUUCCUUGUAAAUCACCUGAAGCACCUGCAGUCUCACCUAAAAGGUCACCUGGACUCUUCUCCUUCAAAUUUCCAGGGUUCAAGAGGAGUAAAGGUCCAGUGUUCCUGGAGGAGCUGGCAGACCAGGCAGUGUCCUUGGGUCAAGAGGUUACACUGUGGUGUCGACUCUCUGGACACCCUUCUCCAGAUGUACGAUGGUAUAAAGAGGCGAGGAGACUGAAGACCUCCGACCAGAUUAGGCUAGCUGUGACGCACAAGGAGUUCCUGUCCCUGACUAUCUACUCUGCCAAAGAGGAAGACCUGGGGAGUUAUCGUUGUGUGGCCAGCAAUGCCAUGGGGCAGGCCUCCACCUCCUGCACUCUCAUUGUGUCUGAGCUGCCCACCUGCCCAACAGGCCUGCAGGUGUACCAACUGCAGGGGGAUGAAGUGUUGUUGGUGUGGAGGCCAGUAGAGUCCAUCACAGAACUCAGCUAUUGCAUUGAGUACAGCAGGGAUGGUAGGGAGUGGAGACUGCUGGCUGAGGGCAUGGCAGACAGUUACUACACAGCUAGUAACCUGAGCAAAGUGGCACAGUAUCAGUUCAGGGUGGCCUGUCUGAACAGAGCUGGCAAAGGGUCUUUCAGUGAGCCCUCUGUCCCCAUCACUAUCAGAGCUGAGCAGCAAGACCUUCUAGCUCCUCUCAUCUACACAGAGUCCACUGGGUCCUUGGGGCUUACAGGGCAGAUUCAGUUCUCCUUAUCUACCCUACACAAAACCUACAGUUUCCUCUCUGAGAUCAACAGGGGGCGCUUCAGCGUGGUGAAGCAGUGUCGGGAAGAUCAGAGUGGGCAGCUAUUGGCUGGCAAGAUCACACCAUUCAAGCCAAAGUGGCGCCAGUGGGCCCUGAGGGAAUACCAGCUGCUGAGGAGGCUGAAUCAUGCUCACCUGGUGCAGCUGCAGGUGGCCUUCAUAACACCCCGCUACCUGGUCCUGAUCCUGGAGCUGUGCCAAGGCCAGGACUUGUUCCAUCAUUUAGCAGAGAGAGACCUGUACGGUGAGAUGCACGUGCAGGCAUUCUUGCAGCAGAUCCUCAGCGUCGCAAACUACAUGCACCGCAGGAGAGUUGCACACCUGGACCUCAAGUCCGACAACAUCCUGGUAACCGAGCAGAGUGUGCUGAAGGUGGUGGACCUGGGCUCGGCACAUGUCUUCACCCCGGGCCAGCCCGUCUUCACCGAACGCUUGCUGGAAAUUUCAGAGAGCAAAGCUCCUGAAGUUCUGGAGGGACAAGGCGUGGGCCCAGAAACAGAUAUCUGGGCCAUUGGAGUUUUGGCAUUUAUAAUGUUAAGCGCAGAUGAACCCUUUCACACUGAGAGCCACUGUGAGCGGGAACACAGUAUGAAAAAGGGCAAACUGCAGUUUGGGAGGUGCUAUUCUGGCUUAUCUGAGGGAGCCCUCAACUUCAUGAAGAGGGCAUUGAACACCAAACCGCAGUCAAGGCCUUCAGCUGCCGAGUGCCUCCAGAUGCCGUGGAUACAGGGGGCGCGUCAGCCCUCCAAGUACCGCGAUGCCGUGGUGUGCUUCACCACAGACAAACUGCGAGCCUACCUGCAGGAACGCGAGCUGCGACGCUGGCACGCCCAUGCCGAACUGGAGGCACGGCACACCCAGCCGCAGGCCCGAUUCCCAUCCUCACACCGCAGGCAUUCAGAUUGCACCUUUUAAAUUUUAUUUAUUUCUUUUAUUUUUUUUAAGAGGUCCAAAGUUGUUAUAGUGAUGCAAGAAUAAAGUACCACUCAUUUUCUCGCCACUGGCCUCAAUAUUAGAGGGACUUCACAGAUGCUCUUCAAAUAGCAAUGAACAUUGAAGUAUCAGUGCAUUGCAUCCAGUUUUCUUGCUGUUAAAUCAGAAGUUUAAGUUGUGUUGCUGUACACAGUAUUAUGCAGUUAUGCGGGUUUAUUUAUUUGAGAAUGCAGUGCAAAUUCAAUAUAAAAUUCAGCUAAAAAACAAAAACUUUGACUAUUUUUUUUCAGUGAGAAAUAGUCUCAUUGCAUUUCAUUUUUUUGUUUCACCUGGAUAUCAAUGUUUAAGGCCAGUACUUCAAAAAAAAAACUUGGCAUCCAGUUUGCGGACACUGUACAUCUUAAAAAUAACUAACAAUCAUAGCAAUGUUUGUCAAGUGUGAAACAAAUGACAACAUGCUUACACAGUGGUGCAUGUUACUUUUUAUUGUACUAGUACGAUGACAUACAAAAACAUGUUACAAAAACACACUUGCAACUCGACAACUGGUUAAAGGACGGUUCACUUCCGCAACCAUAGAACCCAAGUGCACUUUCUAUAGAUACUUCUUAUGCGCAUGCAUUUUAAGUAGGGAUGUUAAAUAAACGCCAACAAAAUGUUAAAUUAACGCUAGAGUGGCAGCCAUUAAGCAGCAGUAACAUAUUCAAUAACUUAUUUUCAGAGCAAAGCAGUUUAUUCUAAGGAAUGAUUUCAGACAGUUUGAGGAAAUGCUAAUAUUGGGAAAGUCAGUUUGCUCUUGCGAAGCUUGGUAUUUUGAGAAUAUUAGUUGUACAUUAUAGCAGCUCCUAUUGUCAGAUCUAUCAAAUACAUUAUUAUCUCAG